GUUGUGCAUCGAGACCUGAAGCCCAGCAACAUCCGCUACUGCGAUGACAGCGGGCUCCCAGAAAGCAUCAGGAUGUGUGACUUUGGUUUUGCCAAACAGCUCAGGGCUGAAAAUGGGCUGCUGAUGACCCCCUGUUACACAGCUACAUUCAUGGCUCCUGAGGUUCUGAAGAAACAGGGCUACGAUGCAGCCUGUGACAUCUGGAGCCUGGGCAUCGUCCUCUACACUAUGAUAGCUGGUUUCAGCCCGUUCGCCAGCAGUCACGAGGACACGGCAGAGGAGAUCCUGGCUCAGAUCGGCAGUGGCAAAUUCGUCAUCACAGGAGGGAACUGGGACCUGGUGUCAGAUGCCGCCAAGGACAUCGUGGUUAAGAUGCUCCACGUGGAUCCUCACCAGCGUCUGACCGCCCCACAGGUUCUUCGCCACCCCUGGAUUGUCGAGAGAGACCAGCUCUCNGGUUUUACAUUUAGUGUCGGAUUAUCGAGUCACGACUGUAUUUCUAUUUUGAGAUGCAAGGUUUCAUUUUGUUCAACAAAGAUUACGUGCAAUCUAUAA